UGCUGCUUGUUCUUUCCGUCUGUCGAUUUAUUCUAUACUUUUUAAUAUGAAACCUCUUCUGUACAGUAGUUGGGCAGAGAAGAAAAAAAACCCGGGAAUAAAUACUUGAACCCAGAUAUCUUGGUGAAAUCUACAUUUCAGUGACGGAAUUCAUGUCUGGGGAGUGGGAGAAGAAGCAAAUAUUUUACCCAGAGAAACAGGUUGUCAAGUUCCGGUCUCUGGAUAAACAGGAAGAUGCUUUUACUCUAGAGCUGUCAAACACGAUGAAAUGUCACGAGGUGGAGAGAAGAGUCGCUAACCAGCUUGGUUUGAUUUAUCCAAUCGAAAUCGGCAUGACCAGAAUCAGACUUACACCUCACAACUAUCAGUCUAACCAACCUAAAUAUGAACCCGAGAGAUGGGGAAAUACAAGUCUGUUGGAUAUGCUGGGUCACAACUGUGAGAUGUUUGAUAUCCUAUAUUACCAAGUUCUGGAUACCCCUGCACGACAAUCAGCCCUAACUAUGAACAUUCCUUUCUAUCAUGCAGCCAGGGAUGAAUUGUCGGUUUAUAAUGUUGAGAGUCAUUCAUUGAGAACAGUUGGUGAUAUGCUCUACAAGUUAAAGUCAAAGGUUCAGCUAUCUCGUCCAAAUGCAGAACUUAGAUUGCUUUUAGUUCGCUCUAACAGUAUCCAAAAGAUUUACCCGCUUAAUGAAAGUUUCGACAAACUACCUAAAACAUGGUCGUUGCGGGCAGAGGAGGUUUUAGAGGGAGAGAAAUAUAUAGGUCCUCGUGACAUAAUGAUCCAAGUUAAUCACGUCAACAGAGAAGAAUUUAAACGAAAAAUGAAAAAGUAUCCAUAUAAUGGCUGUAAUUUUGGACACCCUUUUCUCCUCGUAAUCCAUGAAGAAGAGACUUUAGCUGACAUCAAACUGCGCCUGCAUGAGAAGUUUCAAGUCCCUGAUGAUGAGUUCUUCAAGUGGAAGUCUGCACGGGGUAAAUACUUUCAGGACUCUGACAUAUUAUUCCAUCACUUUGAGCGGGUAGAUGAUUGGUUAAAUAGAGGAAGUUCCCACUUUCCCGGUCUUUGCCUGGAGCACUGUUCCAAUUCCUGGAGAAGAACUUCUGCAUCAAAUCAGCAGCAAGAGGACAAGCUUAUGGUGGUGCAUUCACGUUACGUUCCGGGUCCCAAGCUGAUAGAAGAGAGACAAGCAGAAAUUGUUAACCCAGCGAAGAGUCUUCCAAUCAAGGAUUCAUCAUCUACAAGAUUUGUAUGGACAAUCAAAAACUUUUCUAAGUUGAACUCACUGGAACACUACUCUGAUGUUUUCUCUGUCAGCUGUUAUGAGUGGCGGGCAAUGAUUUUUCCAAAAGGAAACAAUGUGGAUCACUUGUCAGUGUACCUAAACACUGCAGACUCGACUAGUUCAGUGUAUGCGGAGUUCAGUUUGACAGUCGUGAAUCAAUCCCAUGCCAAGCAGACAUUGAGAAUAGAUACACAACAUGAAUUCUCUCCGAGACAAAGUAGUUGGGGUGUUGCAUCGUUGAUUCCUCUUAGUGAACUCAAUGAUCCUGGUAAAGGAUAUAUCAUAAAUGACACUUGUAUAAUUGAAGCCAAUGUGUCUGUUGUUCGACCUAUUAAAAAACAAAAGCUUGGGGUCCCUUCUAAGGAGAAGUCCAGUGACAAUCUUAUAAAGAACAAUGCUCUCUCAGGCAACUUGAAGGAAAAUCACGAUGAGGUAGUACCGGUGUUUGUGAAAGUCGAGGCACCAGAUGAAGAGAUGCCAAAUGAUGUUGCCACUAUUGAACCAUCCAAACUCUUAGGAAUUACAUCUUCUUUGCUUGAGUAUCCGUUAGCUGGUCAACUGUAUGAAGAGCCUCAAAACAUUCUUGAUGAGAAAUUUGAAGAAAUUGGAGGCUUCAGUGUUUUGAAGACACAGUCGUCUUUCACCCGUUUCUCUGAGAUUUCUCCAUCAAGGAUCGAAACAUGGGAGCGUAAGCUAAAGAUGGCUGAGAAGCUCGAAUUCAAUGUCAAGUGGCAUCGUCAGCGUUUUGAGGUUAUUAAAAAGGUUUUCUAUGACGAUUAUCAGUCUAUGCAGGCAGAAAAGGCACGUUUUAUCCAAGUAGAAGAUGAAUUGAAGAAGGCACGAGAAGCCAUAUCUGCCAUGGAGAUUGAGAAGGAAAUGUAUUUAGAAAAAGUGAACCGUUAUCUCUUUGAUGGAUCUUUAUAG